AUGAGGCUGUCAGGCACCCUUCUGCUCUUGGCCAGUGUGGCCUGUUUGUUCCUCUUUGCAGAGGCUGUGAGCCAAGGAGGCUUUCAGGCAUAUUGCAGCAACUAUGAGCAGAAACUAGCUACAGAUGGAAAAUCCUGUCCAAAGAUCCACAAACCAGUAUGUGGCACUGAUGGGAAAACUUACCAAAAUCCUUGUGAAUUCUGCAAAGCAGCUAGGGAAAGAAAUGGAAAGGUUGGUUUAAAACAUGAUGGGAAAUGUUGAUUCCUCUGACAUGCAAUAUUGGAAGUGCCUUCGAUUUGCUUUUUACAUCAGAAGAUUUAUUUCCUUUUACCCAGUCUACACUACAAUAUAUUUCCUAUCCAUUGUUAUGCAUAAAAGAAAGCAGUUUCAAUAAAGUUAUC